UCAACAUGGCGGCUUUCUGAGUUUAUGAAGAAAAGCUAAGGUGUAAUUUAACACUAUACACAUAUUUUCAGUGUAUUUGAAAUUGUAUUUUUGUCAUUGAUGACUUAAUGAACAGCAGAAAGAAAAUGUCAAGUGAAGGCAAUAAGAAACAGUUCUGGAAAAGGAACACAGCAAAGGUCCCUGGCAGCAUACAGCAUGUGUAUGGAGCUCAGCAUCCUCCCUUUGACCCUCUCCUUCAUGCCAAUUUAAUCAAAGCUGGAAACAAGCCACCACUGACACCAGGUAAACCAAAGAAAGCCACCACCUUCCAGGAGUUUGAGAGCAUCACCAGUGAUGCAUGGGAUGUUGGUGAUGAUGAUGAUGAACUGCUCGCUAUGGCAGCCCAGAACCUGAACAUUGAGGUUGUCAUGGAGACUGCCAACAAAGUCAUUGAGAAUCACAGCAAGCUCCAGGAGCGACAGCUACAACAACAGCUGCUGCUAGACGAGGUGUUUGAACCAGAGGACAAAGACUUAGAAGAAGAGGUGGUCCAGGAGGAUGCUGAGGAGGUCGAAGGCGAUGAGGAGGAAGAGGAGCAUGAAGAAGCAGCCGAGACCGCCACAGAGCUGUCCUUCAGCUCUGAGGCCGGCUCACACAGUGACAGUCGCCUUGUGAAGUCCUUCAGUGAAGCCCCCAUUGGCUCUCCAAAGGAGCUGGCAGGCGAGCAGGCUCUACACCGGCAGCAGUCCCUGCCCCAUCGGCCUGUCAUUCCGCUGGUGGCUCGCAUGGCUGACCAGAACACCUCCGGCACCCCGGCCAUGACUGAGAGGGAAGCCUCCCGUCUGGACAAGUUCAAGCAAGUCCUCGCUGGACCCAACACAGACCUCGAGGAACUGCGGAAGUUGAGUUGGUCUGGGAUUCCUCGGCAGGUCAGGCCCAUCACGUGGAAAUUGCUCUCAGGGUACCUGCCGGCCAACGCGGAGCGGAGGGAGAGCACGCUGCAGAGGAAGCGGCAGGAGUACUUCGGCUUCAUCGAGCAGUACUACGACUCCCGCAACGACGAGCCCCACCAGGACACCUACAGACAGAUUCACAUAGAUAUUCCCCGGAUGAGUCCGGAGAGUUUAGUGCUGCAGCCCAAAGUCACAGAGAUUCACAUUGACAUACCGAGAACUAAUCCUCUUAUUCCUCUCUUUCAACAAGCUUCUGUGCAAGAGAUCUUCGAGCGCAUCCUCUUCAUCUGGGCCAUCCGCCACCCGGCCAGUGGCUACGUGCAGGGCAUCAACGACCUGGUCACGCCGUUCUUCGUUGUUUACGUCUUUGAAUACAUAGAGGAAGAGGUGGAAAAUUUCGAUGUUUCCAGCCUGCAGGAGGAAGCUCUGCGGAACAUCGAGGCGGACAGCUUCUGGUGCAUGAGCAAGCUGCUGGACGGCAUUCAGGACAACUACACAUUUGCGCAGCCAGGGAUCCAGAGGAAAGUGAAGGCCCUGGAGGAGCUGGUCAGCCGGAUCGAUGACACGGUGCACCGCCACCUGCAGCAGUAUGAAGUGGAGUACCUGCAGUUCGCCUUCCGCUGGAUGAACAACCUGCUGAUGAGGGAGCUGCCCCUGCGCUGCACCAUCCGACUCUGGGACACCUACCAGGCCGAGCCAGAGGGAUUCUCACACUUCCACUUGUACGUGUGCGCUGCCUUCCUGGUGCGCUGGAGGAAGGAGAUUCUGGAGGAGAGGGACUUUCAGGGCCUCAUGAUCCUGCUGCAGAAUCUACCCACCAUGCACUGGGGCAACGAGGAGGUGAGCGUUCUCCUGGCCGAGGCCUACCGGUUAAAGUUUGCCUUCGCCGACGCGCCCAACCACUACAAGAGAUGAGGGUGGCCACCGCUCCAGCACAACCCCUGAUGACUCCCUCCUCCAGCCCUGGCCCCAGCCAAUCAUGUCUGAGAUUAAAGGUGUGGGUUCUGUGAACAAUUCUUACAAACUGUGCUCUAGAUUCCUCCUCCUCCUCCUCCUCUUGUUCCAGUGUUCACACUCCAGCAUUGCGCAUCUCAAUUACCGGCUCAUCUAGCAUCCACGGUGACGUCUAAAGAGGGUUGUAUCACAAGCACACUGGCAAUGGUUUUUUUUUUUUUUCGUCCCCCCCCCCUUGCCAUUCUAAAACCAUAUCCUGCACCACUCUGAGGUUUCUAGGCAACAGGAGUUUUUCAUGCUAUUAAUUACAGUAGUUAGAUAUCUCAUGCAUGGAUCCAGCGAGAGCUUGAGGCAGAGUGACUGACUAGUUAGGAGAAACUAACUGACGUGCAGCAGUUCAGAGACAGUGAGUGGGAGUGAAUGCUGGCUUUCGCUGGAGUGCUACGACUGACCAGAUGAACCCAGCCUCCUGCCUGCUGAAAACCUCUGAGGACCUACUGGUCUACAACUGACAAGCUGCUCCCCACAACAAUGAAUCGAUUGCUCAACAACAAAAAGCUUAGUCUAAUGCCAGUAGAAUUGGUUUGAGGCAAUAAUCAACUCUUACUAGAAAAACAGAAUCUCCUACCUUGAUUACAAUGACAAAAUACCCCCUAAUCCUCACCCCCUCAAUGACAAGAAUGAGAACGCUUUCUUUUAACCUUGGACUACCUCAAGAGCCAGUCUGAAUGGACUUGCAGACUUGCAGUGGAAUGGAAUGUGUUUGGACGGGAUCGUGACCAUACCAGAUUCAUUUUCAUUCCACCCACAAGGGACAUUUUAAACCAUGGAGCAUCCCUUUGAAUUUGCCUUAAUCCGGCUGCUUCAUGGGUUUAAAUCGGUGAAGUCAGAGGAGAUUCCUUUGCAGGACUCCGGUGGGGGGAAGUAGACAUUCUUGAAAUACGUUAAUUCUUGUUUUCAAUUAGCCCGGGGAUUUUUCUUUCUUUCUUUUUUUUUUUUUUAAACUCCAGUUUACUAAAUAAAGCAUACUUGUUGCAUGAAGCUUUUGAAGUUGUGACUGUAGGUGUGAUGGAAUACUGUGCUUUCGUUAGAUCUAAUCUCUUCAGUAUUCAGACUCUGUUCCCUCCCGCCCAUCAUGUUGCCAGAUUCUUAAAUUGUGUGCCAGUUCUACAAACUAAUUCCCAGUUUUCUGUGAAUAGAAACUGCACUUGAUGAAAGACUAUUUUCUUCUGCUUUGUAAAAAAAAAAUAUAUUCUUUGAAUCAGCUUUUUUUAAUCCUUUUUUUAUGUCUACUUUUUACAUGAUCCUAUUACGUUUGUGCCUAACAUCAUCUGGACAAUACCAUCACAGAUAUUUAUUUUUCUUUAAAGAUAAUUUAAAAUGGUGAAAUAUAUGCAGAACAUGUUCGGUUUGGACUUUCGCUCCCUGGCAGUGAAAUUCGUAGCAACGUGAGGUUUUGUAUGGGGGUGCAGAAACAGUGCUUGGGCUUGGCCUCGGGCUCAAGGAUUUAAGACCACCGCAACCGCACUGUUGUAAACCAAGCCCAAGCUUGUCUUCAAGGCUGUGCUCACCUUUUGACUGAGCAAGUGUUGGGAUUUUAUUCUUGAUUUUCCGCUGCGGACUGCGCCGACAUUUUUUUCGUGGUUGCCAUCAUAUGACAUAAACUCCCCCACUCUGGACAUGUCUCAUGGGAGGGAUGUUGGAAAGCUUCUGGAAUGUUCUUGAUAAAUUGUGUACAGAGUAGUGCAUUUUCAAAUGUCUGUAAAUAUGAAUAAAUAUGUAAAUAAAUACUAUAUAUG